AUGAAGAAGAUCCAGAUGCUUUCUUUAUUACUAUGGCUUGUGAUGGUAGUGGGUAUCCAGGCUGCCUAUGAUGAUGGGGAGCUCAAGUAUCCGCUGAAGCAGCUGUGCCGGAGAUGGGACCACCAGACUGCGGUGCUGGAUAAUACGCUCUAUCUCGUUGGGGGCCGUGUCAUUAUCAAGGAGACGCUGCAGAAGAAACUGGGGAAUAGGUCUUCGACAUGGGAGGGGGAACCUAGCCAGGAAUUCAUCUCCCUCGACCUCACCACCUCCUUCAGCCUCGAAAAACGCAUCAAGGGCGCCGAGAAGAGCGACCAGUCCACGCUCCUCAGCUUCGACAUCGCCGCGGCCAAGUGGAGCCGCGAGACAGCCUGGGACAACCCGGACGGCAGCACGCCGAACCGCUUUGCGAAGGGCACGAGCGUCAAUGUGCCCGAGAUUGGGAUGGGCUUCUAUGUGGGCGGCGCGAGGAUGUAUGCGGGUGCGGAUGGGGAGAGGGAGUGGAGGUAUCCGGUGGAGCAGCAGAUGGUGGGCAUGGAUAUUGGCGGGGGGAACUAUGAUGCGCAGUAUCAAGAGAUUAUGGAGGGGACUAUGAGGGCUAUGGGAGCUGGGGUGACCUGGAUCCCUGUGGGAGACAAGGGGAGCUUGGUUAUGUUUGGAGGAACAAACGAUACAGAGACUAAUGAAGUAAGCCCAUUGAACGGAAAUGACCUUGCUGAUAAAGCUCCCAAAAACACAACUCUUGAAUCCAACGCCCGCGUCCACAUCUACGACAUCGCAAAAGACAGAUGGCACGUCCAGCUCUCACAAGGCGACGUCCCCGUAAACCGCAUGCACGCCUGCGCCGUCGCCGCCACCUCCCCGGACAAGAAAUCGCACCAGAUCUACUUCUACGGCGGCGGCACAGGCUCGCGCAUGUUCGGCAUGGACGACUCGCGCUUCAUGGGCGACCUAUACGUGCUCAACAUCCCGGCCUUCAAGUGGCAGCGCUUCACGGACCUCAAGAACCCGCCUGCGGCGCGGUCCCGCCACACAUGCCAUGUCAUCAACAAGCGGCAGAUGCUGAUUGUCGGCGGGAGCAGGAAUGACUCCUUCACGGUGCAGGCGCAAUGGUGCAGGUGGGACGAGAUCUCGGUGCUGGAUAUGACGGACCUGAGGUGGGAGCUGCAGUACGUCCCCGCGACGCUCAAUUACUCGGUCAAUCCAAAGGUCUACGAGAACAGCUUGGUGAAUACGGUACCGAUGGACACGCCCAGUCUGGGCUGGACCGACGCAGGUGUGCAGCAGUGGUUCGCGGCGAACGAUGCGGGCCUCAACGACGACGCUGAGGACAAGCCGGGCCUGGCAAAGGGCGCCCUGAUCGGCAUAAUCGUGGGAGCCGUUGCCGUCGUCUUGAUCCUUGCAGUGGUGGGUUUUAUGCUCUGGAAGCGCAGAAAAAAUGCAAAGCUCGAAGAGCAGCGCCGCGGGUCGGAGGGACUUCAGGAGCCGUACACAGGCGACAAUGUCCCUGGAUCACCGCUGUACGACCAAAAGCAUGGAGGUCUCAGCCCUGGUUUCCCCCAGGGCGAGUUUGGGGACGCAAAGAACCCCCCGAGGUUCUCGGAGCUUGGGUCGGAGCCUUCGACCGUAAUCUCGGAGAUGCCGUCGGAAUCUAGAACGAUAUCUGAAAUGCCGGCCUCACCUGUGUUCUAUGAGCUGCCAACUGGAAGGUCUCCAACACACGCAGACUUGUAUGGCGGUGGGUAUCUCUCCGAAACCUCCAGAUCGCCCAUCAGUGAUUUGAGCCAGCCCGACCAUACCCAGGCCGGCACACACAUACGAGCGAUGUCGCCAGUGUCGCCGGCAACGGUCUUGGAGGAUAUCACCUCUGUGGUUUCCGGCCCAGGGACUGUUUCUUCAUCGUCACUCCCCCGCCACGACGAGGCGUACUACCCUACAAGAGAUAUGCCCCCGCAUUAA